AGGUGCCUCUCAUUUCCAGAAGUGCUGCGGAGCCCACAACACCUGUAUCCCGUUGCAGCCUGUGACGGGGUAAGGACCAGGGACGGGGGCAUGGCUUCUUAGAAUCUUCCCCGCGGGGACAGGUCGGGGCAGAGUCCAUCCAAACUCAGCGGAGCCCCAGCGCAGAGGAGGAGGGAGUCCUCCGCACCCCAACACAGACAGAAGGCAAGAUGAAGAAGAACCAGUCGGUGCAAGGGACCUUCAGCAAACUCUUUGGGAAGAAACAUACGACUCCCACGACCACCUCCUUAUAUGCCACCAACCCCCCCUGGAUCUUCACCCAGGAGGUCCCCGUAGAGGGGACCAGAAACUUUGAUGGAAUUCAAUAUGGAGACAAUCACUUUAAUACAGUGAGUGAGUCAGGAACUGCCACCCUCAAGCCUCGGCCAAGAGUCCGCCCCCUAUUAACCUUCUUACCCCUGAAUGCACAGGAAAACCAUGGACUGGCUGUGCCAACCCCAUCUGUCCCUGAGGAUUUUGUGGGCAAAGAAGUGACAAAUAAAGGCAGCAGCCUGCAAAUCAAUGGUAACCUCCGACUGUACAGCUCCGUGGGUGACCUGAGGUCUGGGCAUUAUGGUGAAGAGCCCAUCAUCCCUCCACCCCCUGUGGGCCCAGCCCCAGGACCACCUCCUGAUGUCUUGAUGUUCAAGGCAGAGUCUCCACCCCCUCCCCCACCUUCCAUGGCACCCCCACCUCCUCCCUUACUGCUGGAACAGCAACCCCCACCGCCACCCAACAUGGCCCCACCUCCACCACCUGUGCCCGGGGCUCUGUCUCCCCCAUCUACACUCUCCUCCCCACCGACCCCCACCCCUCCAGACUUUAUCCCUCCGGCCCCACCCCUAGCCUUCCUGGCACCCCCACCCCCUCCUAUGCCAGCACCAGGACUCCCUGUCCUAGAAUUUCCUCGUACCCCAACAGGGCCUCGGCUCUUCCCUUCUACUGGUGUCUCCAAAUGGAAAUCAGAGACUGUGCUCAAUGGGGGGCAGUCUGAGGCCCACAAGAACAGCCCUCCCAGAAGCCCUGCUGCCCUUCCUACUGAGUCCAAGCCUGACCCCCAUCUUACCUUCCCCCGUUCCUUAAAGGUGCCCCCUCCAGCACCUGUCAGGACCUCAUCAAUCCCAGUUCAGGAGUCUCCUAGGGAUCCCCAAGAGGUGGAUACUCCUAAGAAGAUCUCAAACCGGCUUCCUUUACCACCUAGCUUCCAUAUCCGUCCUGUAUCCCAGGCAUACCCCGAUGGGACUCAGGAGUCAGAUGGCCCCAGGAAGCUUCAAGACACUGUGCCAGCCAGCCCUCAGCCUAGCCAAACCAGCCCCAGAAUAAACAGCAGAACAGCAACGCCACCCCCAGCCUCUCCAUUGCCACCCCCAGCACCCCCUCUCCCUCCAGAGGCUCCCCCUCUGUCUGCCAUCGAAAAGGUCCCAAGACCAGUGACAGGGCUUGGGAAAGGCCCCAAACCAAGUUCUCCCAUCCCCAAACCCAAAUCUGCCAUCCCAGUGGCUGAGGACUCCUCAGAUCCUGUGGACUGGCGUGAUCCCAAACAAAUGGACAAACUGAGGAGUGAGCUGGCUGCCUACCUCUGUGGCUCAAGGAGAGAAGAACGCUCUCCCUGCAAUGGGACUAGAUCCACACCUGCCUCCAAAGCUGGAGAGAACAGAGACGAGAGCCCCAAUUUACCCAAGAAAGAGCCUCCCCCCAGCCUAACUCUCCCACCUGUGGACUACGCCCCAGCAGAGCCCCCAACUCCAAGUGUCCAGCGCAUCAGGAGUGAGCUGGAAGCCCUAAUGUCCCCCUCACUGGAGAAGAAAGCUAAGCCAACUAUAGGUCUCGUAUCCCCUAAACUCCCACCGGAAGCCAGAGGGAUAGUCGAGAAUGGGGCUGGGGAUGCCAAGCUUCCCAAGCCGAUGGCCAAGAAGCUCCCACUUCUGCCCACCCCACCCAAACCUGAAGCAGAGAAGGACUUGGGCGUCCCCACAGCCAGGACUGUUGGACCAGGGGAGAAAGCCACAGAACCUCAACCAUCAGCAAUAUCUUCUCCCCUCCAGGCUAAGGGUUCCCCUUUGGCGCCUCCGAAACCUGAUAGGAUGGGGACACCUCGUUUGCCAGCCCCUGCACCAAAGACUCCCCUAGCCCAAGAGGAGGUGUCGGUUCUCUACAAACCCCUCCAGGACCAAGACAAGGCACGCUCUGGCCAGGAAGCUGCUGUAGUAACACCCAGCCCUGCCAAGAGGGAGCCUCAAGGAGUAUGGGAAAAUGAAAGCCCAUCACUCACGACCCCUGGAAAAGAUUGGUCAGACAGGGAGGUCCUCAGACACCCAGUGACAGGGGAGGUGGUGGAAAGAGGAUCUCCAAUGGCCUUACUCCUUGCUGCCAAACAGAGGGCCCAGAAGGGACGGGCUAGAGGCAGUGCCCUGGGCCUGUCCUCAUUGCCAGGGGGUCUCCAUGGCAACAGAAAUCAAUCAGAGUCUGUCUCUGAAAGCAUCAUCUACAGUGAGGUCAGGCCCAGCUCCUUCACAGUUGUGCCCAAACCCACGAGGGAGGUAGAACAGGCUCCCCAGAUGUCCACAUCAACUCAGCAUGACAGACCUAGCAAGUGGGGCUCCCCAUCCCCAAGAGGUGCAGCGACUUCAGAGUCCCAGCCCAGGCAGAGAUGGUCAAAGGAAGAGCCUCAGGCCUCUCUGGUCCAGGAGAGGUCAACCUCUUCCUACAGCCCCCAAAGCCAUCUGCUGCCCAAGUCCUUCUCUUCGCCAUCCUCCCCUUCAUACAAGGGAGGUGGGGAAGAGGUGGAAAAAUUUAACUUUGAGGUCAUCCCACCACCCCCUGAGUUCAGCAAUGAUGCUGAUCUUUCUAACCCACCUCCUGCUCCAGCCCCAGCUCCGGUCCCAACCCCAGCCUACCUGGGCCAUAGGGGUUCUCCUCUGCGAAGCAGCUUCUCAGACUAUGGCCAGACCCCGGACCUGGGCCUUCCAGGCUACGAGCGGCCAUCACCCACAGGAUCCCCGGGAAAUAGCUAUUCCCGCUACUACCCUGGUGUCCACUACAGUGGUGGUGGGGGUUUGGAACGCUUCUCAAGUGGGGGCCGCUCCCUCAUUAAGAAACGCCUGUACCUCAAUGAGCCUCGGAGAAGCCCUGGACCCCCACGCUGUGGCCCAGGUGGCGGUACUGGUAGAAGUCUGAGUACCCCAAAUGCCUUUGGGCCUCAGCCUGGUGGAACCUAUGGGUCUGGGCACGGAGGAACAGAGAUGAGACGGGUUAAUUCUUCAGGUCGGGCGCCCGGGGGUCUGCAUACCCGAAGGCUUUCCAUAGAAGGGACUGGAAGGAAUGGACCCUAUGCAGGAGGGGGAGUUGGCAGUGGUGGACCUGGAGAGAAUAUAUACAAAGUAUCUAAUACAGACUACAGCUUUGCCCCAGCAACCAGCAGGUCCUCCCCCAGCAGUGCUAAAUACAGCAGUCCCCUCAACACCUUCACAGUGCGGCCUGGAACCCGACAACCCAUUUCCUACGUAUACUCUGGAGCACAUCGAAAAGCCACAUCCUGAGCUAUUUGCCUGCCUCAGUGGGCUGGAACUUAGCUGAGAGACAGAUGGACAAAUGAGAAGCAGUCUUCUGGAGAGAAUGAAAGUCUCCUGUUUGGGUUUUGUUCGACAAAACACUGUCAUUAAUACCUGGAUUGACUUAGAUGUUGGAGGGGAGGGAAGGAAAGGGGAAGAUGCUUGGCUAGGAUCCCUGAUUAGCCAAAGCCCAAGUUUGUGGCAGGUUAGGACCUACGCCUCACCCCCCCCCCCCCAAAAAAAAUGUAUGCAAAAAAUUUUAUGAGGUUUUUAAAAAUUUAAACCAUAAAUAGUCUGUGAGCAGACUAUAAUAGCAGGGAUACUGUCCCCAAUCCGCAGGUCUACCAAGGGCUAGAAGUCCUGAUUGGAACCCCAUGGCAUUCCUAAUGGGCCCAGUAAAACAGGUGGAGUUUACAUCUGGCUGGCCCUCAAAUCUUGCUCUAAGUGCUUGCUACUUCUGGGAGAGGGCCUGUCCAUGUCCUGGGGGAGUUGGGGGGGGGGGUGGUCUUUGACUACAGCCAGUCCCAAAGUUUUUACUCCCAAAAAUGGAAGGGCUCUCUGACCCACUCCCACCCAGAGCCACUAUACUCACAUGGGGGCCUAAGAAGAUCAAAGUGCCUUGGACUGCUGUUUGCCUUGGGUAGGGGAAGGGAGGAGGGACACUGUAUUUUCCAUUUCCUUAGGCCAGGAAUAGGGGAAGAUGAGUCAUAUGUUGAGGGGGAUGGUGAAUGGGACUUGCUUUACAAUUCAAGUCUAAGUCUUCUUAGCCAUGAUUUUGGGAUCAGAACACAAAGGAGCCAGAAGACUCAGGUUCUAGGGCUUGGCUUUGGACUCAUUAGCUUUGCCAGGCCUUCCAGUGGGCUUAGGAGGAAGAAUUCUCACCGAUCUCUCCCUAUUCCCCCAACCCACCCCAUCAAAAAAAUUGUUCACCACAAAUAUCACUGCGGUUUUAAAACCUAUAGCUAAGGGAUUGAGAGUUAGGGGAGGUAGUGUCAAUGGAUGAUAUGUAGCAGAUGGGUUUAAUGGUUAACUGAUAAGUGAGAAGAGAGAGGAAGAGAAGGAUUAUGUCUAGCCUGUGGCUCAAGGCAGGGACAUCUGCUUUGGAAGCAAUGUCCCCCCUGGACGUCCUUCCUCAGGCUCCAGGCUCAGGUAAGUGAUGUUCCUGAGCCCAGUCCAGGGCCAGGGGAGCUGCCCGUGGGAGUCAGAGUGCUUCAUUAGGUGACAAGGAUUAUGAAUGAUGUCAGUGUGUGGAUGCAAUUAGUCAUGCCCAGUGGGGAGUGCACAGAAGAAGCAUUGAGGAAACAAGGCACAGUUUGUCGGGGAGAAGGCAGAGAGUGGAGGAAUGGAUGUGAAGCCUGCUAGAGAACUUAAAAUAAUCCUUGCUGAGUCCAGGGGAUGGUAUCUGCCCAUCUUCUUAUAAGAAAUGUACUUGACCUUACCUCCAAGCCCAGCCCUGGCUCUAUGUAUAUGAAAUUUGUGUGUAUUUUCUCUGCACGUUGUUUUUUAAGAGUCUGUUAACUUAUAUUCUGUAUUAAGGCACACACAGGAGGGGGAGGAUGUGGGCUAACUGUUGUAUGUUAUUUAGAGAGGGCAGAGAGUGGAUUUUUCUUGGCUUUGGAAAUAAACAGGUCUAGUUUGAGAUUA